AUGUUGGCCAAUAAAUCAGUGAUUGUUUUAUGUAUCUCCAUAUUCAGUGUUUCAUGGAUCCAAGCUAUUCCAGAUGGUAAAGAGGCGGAAGGACUUUCUCUUCCUGAAGAUUUUGCAAGAUGGUUCGGAGAACAAUCUUUCAAAGCGAUAACUGAUGAAGAUCGCUCUUUAAACGACUCUGUAUCAAGAUUAACGACUUCUACAAUAAAUUAUUCUUUCUCUGACGAAGGUUCUGGUCAGGAUGAUUCCUUCACUGACGACGGUUCUGGUUUGCCAGCAUCGACUGCAGAAGAUGAUUUUUCUGAAGUGACAUCACCAUUGCCAGUAACUACUACGGAAGACUUCACUUUUAAGGAACCUGCAUCGACUUCUGUUAUGAUUAAAGAUGCCUCUGAGAAAAGUAGAAACGCUGGUCAACAUUCCCCAUCCGUGAUAAUUAUUGUCGUAUCUAUUUGUGCUGUUAUUUUGCUGCUUAUUCUUUUUACUGUUGUAAAAAUUUACUGUCUCCGUUACAAAGUUAGUCAAGAAGAAAAUGCUGCAAAAGAACCUUUUAUUAGAUUCAGUAAAGUAACAACUGAAUAA